AUGCCUAGUAACGGAAACAGCGGCGGGAACCAAGCGGACACCAGCACCGGGACCUGCUCCGGGACCGGGACCGGGAGCGGCUCGCUCCAUGUCCCGACCAUGGAGAGAGCCCGGCCGGUGACGGUGACGGUGUCUGCGGUGAGCCUCGCGCUCAGCGUGCUGUCCCUGCUGCUGCUGGUCACCGCCAUCUCCACCGACCACUGGUACGAGACCGACACCCGCAGACACAAGGACAACUGCGACCGCCACGGAUCCGACUCCAACGACCAGAAGAACCGGGAGAUGCCCAUCUACCACCUACCGCUCGUGGACACCGGCAGCGGCGGGGCCAGGCAGCGGGACGUGGCGCUGAUGAAGCCCGUUCAUGUGGGCAGCAGAGAGGAGGAGCUGCUGGAGAACUGGCGGGCCAUCCUGGGGAUGGGCAUCCUGGAGACCGAGUGCGGCAGGCCGCUGUUCUCCACACACUCCGGCCUGUGGAGGAAGUGCUACUUCAAGAGCCUGGACCCGGACAUCGACAAGCUCAUCGACCGGGGUAUUGCAGAUCGCUGCACAGCUGUGAAGUAUCACUUCUCUCAACCAAUCAGACUGAGGAAUAUCCCUCUGAACCUGACCAGGACCAUCCAACAGGAUGAGUGGCACUUACUGCAUCUGCGGCGCAUCACAGCAGGGUUUUUGGGCAUGGCGGCAGCCGUCCUCCUUUGUGGGAGCAUUGUGGCAUCAGUCGGCUUCUUCUGGGAGGAGAGUCUGACGCAGCACGUCUCUGGACUACUGUUCCUCAUGGCAGGGAUCUUCUGCACCAUCUCUUUGUGUACGUAUGCAGCCAGUGUGACCUAUGACCUCUCUAGAAACCCUCCCUUCAUCUACGGUCUGCCAGCUGAUGUGGACCACGGUUAUGGCUGGUCUAUCUGCUGCGCCUGGGCUAGCCUGGGUCUGACCGUGGCCGCCGGCUGCCUUGGUACCACCUUCCCCUUCCUGAGACGGGCUGGAUCUCUGCGCUCUAAAAUCGCCCGAGAGUCCUCUGUUUGAGCCGCCAGCUGUCAAUCAAACAGAGGAGGAGGAGGAGUUGAUGACAGAAACCUCGGACUAUGUUUGUUGAACCAGUUCAUUGAACCCGGCUGCACCAGGUUUAUGUGGCCCAGGUUAUUGACAGAUUCGAGGCAGGUCCAGGUGUAGCUGCAGGAGUUCAACACCUGUUUCUGAAAUGUGUUCAAUGAAUCACACUUUUAAUCUGAAGCAAAGUGU